AUGUUUUCUUUGAAAUCGCUAAUUUUCGUAGUUUGUUCGAUGACAAUUUGUUGCCAAUCGAUUUCGGCGGCUAAUGAUGAUGACACUAACGAUUAUGGCAAUUAUCGGCCCUCACCGAAGUUAUCAGGACCGGUAAAUUUGGCCCACAGUCCCGAUGACAUUACCCUCAAUCAAUUGGAUGAAUGUCUGGCCAAAAUAUCCAGCAUCUAUAUGCAGGCAUUGUUUAGCGGUACCCAUUCACCAGAAUUGGAUGUGAAUAUGCGUAAAUUGGAAAUUGAACUUUUCGACCUGCUGGAUUUAUUGUAUAAGGAACAACGCAUUAAGGAAUAUAUGAAAUAUGAAUCGGAAGUUACACGACAAAUGAUUAUCUAUAAUAUGUUGAAGAGGCUAUUUGGUUAUGCCGAGGAUGAGGAGGAGAAGAGCGAGUAA